GCCCGUUUCUCAGGGAUCAUUUUAUCACCGACAGGAUGUACAUGGUUAACCAUUGGCGUUUGGGCAGAUAGGCGUAACUUUGAAAUAGGAAGUGGUAACUCAGUAAGUAGCCUGCUUUUGCAGGCCCUCGCCUCACACGACCUGUAAAUGCCUAUCAGAGAUUGUGUCUGACUGGUGGGCUGGCCAACCCACUGGGGCUGUGGGGGCCAGGCACCUGGGACCGUAGCACUUCCGAAGAUCCUCCCUGCUCUGCUGUCCCCUCUGCCGACGAGCCUGCGUGGCUGAGCUGGCUGUCGCCUCCUCUUCCAGGCCACACCCAACAGCACGAUGGACGAGGACACACUGAACUCCAGCGACGCCUACUAUUUCGAGGGCGAUUACACCAGCUAUGGCAAUGCCUCCUACUACCCCAUCAACGACGGCGCCCUCCUCUGCUCCCAGCAGGGCGCGCGGGACUUCUCCCGGGUGUUUGUACCUGUGGCCUAUUCCCUCAUCUGCGUCUUUGGCCUGCUGGGCAACACGCUGGUGGUGAUCACCUUCGCUUGCUACAAGAAGGCCAAGUCCAUGACAGACGUCUACCUCCUGCACAUGGCCUUGGCCGACGUGCUGUUUGUCCUCACGCUGCCGUUCUGGGCCGUCGACCAUGCAGCUGGGACGUGGGUGUUCAGUAACGCCCUGUGCAAAGUCCUGAAGGGCACCUACGCUGUCAACUUCCACUGUGGCAUGCUGCUGCUCACCUGCGUGAGCCUGGACCGCUACGUGGCCAUCGUGCAGGCCACCAGGUCCUUCCGGCUCCGCUCCAGGACCUUGGCGCACAGCAAGGCCGUCUGCCUGGCCGUGUGGCUGCUGGCCAUCGUCAUCUCCAGCUCGGCCUUUACCUUCAGCCAGAAGUACGAGCUGCAGGGCCGCCAGGUGUGCGAGCCCAGGUACCAGACUGUGCUGGAGCCGGUCCGGUGGAAGCUGCUGGUGCUGGGCCUCGAGCUGCUCUUCGGCUUCUUCGUGCCGCUGGCCUGCAUGGGCUUUUGCUACCUGUUCAUCGUCAAGACGCUGGUGCAGGCCCAGAAUUCCAAGCGGCACAGAGCCAUCCGUGUCAUUCUGGCUGUGGUGCUGGUGUUCCUGGCCUGCCAGAUCCCCCACAACGCGGUGCAGCUGGUGACCGCUGCCAACCUGGGCCGCACGGGCCGCUCCUGCGAGCGUGAGCGUCUGCUCGGCUACGUCAAGAACGUGACGGAGGUGCUGGCCUUCCUGCACUGCUGCCUCAACCCCGUGCUCUACGCCUUCAUCGGCCACAAGUUCAGGAGCUACUUCCUCAAGAUCAUGAAGGACUUCUGGUGUUUGGGCAGGAAGCGCCCAGUGCCCGGCAGCUCUUCCUCUAGGGCCUACUCCGAGACUGGCGCCGCCAGGCUGGCCAGUGAGACCGUGGACAACGACAAUGUGUCGUCCUUUACCAUGUGAUGGGUGGAGGACACCAUGGCUACAGGGGAAUGCCCGACAGGAUGUGGCCG